AUGGCACCCAUGUCCCUAUCCAACCCCCCAAUCCACAUCCUGGGCUUGGGGAACCUCGGUCGGCUAUUCGCCCACGCUCUCGCUAUCCAACCAACGCCGCCGAAAUUAACCCUCCUCUUCCACCGGCCCAGCCUGUUCGCAGAAUGGGCCGCCGCAGGUUCCAAGAUCCGAAUCACCACCACCAGGGACACACUCUCCAAUCCGUCCCGGGAUAACUGCAUAACCUCCCAGUCAUCCAACUACAGCAUCGAGCCCACCGACCAGGCCACCAACUCCACCAUCAAGAACCUGAUCAUCACCACCAAAGCCCCCCACACCGUCAGCGCCCUCCGACCCAUCGCCCACCGUCUGAAUGCCCAGUCCACGCUCCUAUUUGCCCAGAACGGGAUGGGCGCGCUGGAAGAGGUAAACGAGACCUACUUCCCGGAUCCGUCGACCCGGCCGAGGUAUCUAGCGGCUGUAACAAGCCACGGCGUGUACUCCCGAGGACCAUUCCACAGCGUCCACGCCGGACUGGCCAACAUAACUAUCGGCACCGUAUCCCCCCCUACCUCACGGCUCACCACCACCAAAACCACAAAGGAGAAAGAGAGGCUACCCGACUCCGACCCCGACUCCGACUCCGACACCCGGCACUUCCUCCUCGACCACAUCACAGCCAGCCCAACCCUAAACGCGACCGCCGUCCCCGCGCACGAGCUCCUCCCCCUCCAGCUCGAGAAGCUCGUCGUCAACGCCUGCAUCAACCCGCUCACAGCCCUCCUCAAACUCCCCAACGGCGACCUCUUCUUCAACCCCACCAGCACAACCAGCUCAACCAGCACACUCGCCCUCAUCCACCUCCUUGUCGCCGAGUCCUCCACCAUCCUGCUCGCCCUCCCCGAACUGCAAGCCGCAUCAGCCGGGACACGUGCCCGCUUCGCCCCGCGCCGGCUGCGGGAGACGGUGGCCGCCGUGGGCGCCAAGACGGCCCGCAACGUGAGUAGCAUGCUGCAGGAUGUGCGGGCCGGCAGGCCCACCGAGAUCGAGUACAUCACGGGUUAUCUGGUGCGCCGGGCGCGGGAGGUCGGGGUCGAGUGUGGGAAUCACGAGGUGUUGAUGCGGAUGGUGAGGGAGGGGAGGCAGGAGGAGGUUCAGGGUGGUUGUGGGGCGGGUUUGGCGAGGUGGUUUCCAGAUGUGGAGAAUGUGGUGUUGGAGAAUGAUUGA